AUGGCAGAUGAGACACAAGAUAUUACCGCUGACCGAGAUAACUCCCCCACUGAAUAUUACGGUUCAACGUCCCAAAAAUCCGACGAGAACAUUCUAGAACUAGAGGAGAUAUACGAGAUGAUAGGACUAGGCCCGACCCAGUAUCUGUACUGGUUGAUGGUCCUGCUUGUUGUUUACUCGGACUAUGCUGAGUUAACACUCCUGUCAGUAAUUCUGCCUAUCUUGAGAUGUGAAUGGGGCCUGUCUACCACCUUUGAAACAGCCAUCACGAUAACCGUGUACGGGUCUUAUGCACUGUUGGCUGCUGUGUUUGGAAGAGUUGCAGACAUUUACGGAAGGAAAAAAGUUGUGAUAUGGUCAACGAUGUUUUUGUUGUUGGCAGCGUUUCUCGGGGCUACAUCAUCAAAUAAAUGGGUAUUUCUUGUGAGUAGAUUGUUCACGGGUGCAUGUAUUGGGAUCAACACGAGUGUUGUUAUCUGCUAUGCCACUGAAAUUGCUGAGAGUCGUUACCGGACCUAUGGAGUGACGACCGUUGUUUUAGGCUCGUUUGUUGGGGUAGCUGCAGUGAAUGGUAUGGCAUUUCUAUUCUUACAAAUAGUUGGGUGGCGCUGGUUCAUCAUGCUUGUCUCAACGCCAGCUUUACCAGCUCUAGUCUUAAUACUUGUUCUUCCUGAAUCUCCUAGAUUUCUCUGUGUCAGUGGACAACAGGACAAAGCUAUGGAAGCUGUUAGGACCAUGGCUAAUCUGAAUGGAAGGGAACUACCAGGUAAUAUACAGAUGGCUUGCUUUGAUAACGAGGAAUUGGGGUCCUACUCCACAGUCCUGAACAAGGAACACAGAAAGUCAAUCAUUGCACUUUCAGUAAUUUACUUCAGCAAUCUAUUAAUAGAAUUUGGUCUCAUAGUCCUGCUCCCUCUCAUCUUCAGCUCUGAUAUGUGCGGGGCAUCUCACACAGUAACCCACGAGUGUCGUCUUCUCUCGCAGGAUGAUUUGUGGAAGAUAACAAUAGCGACUGUUGGAAGCAUAUUCGGAACUAUAGCAGCAUUGUUUCUAGCAGAACGUAUAGGCCGUUUGGUUCCAAUAAGAGUGGCAAGUUUUGUCAUGUUACUCUCAAUAGGAUGUAUGUUUGUGUGUGUCAAUGAAACCUUCACCUUUGUAACAUCAACUAUUGCUAAAAUCGUAGAGGCUUUUAUAAAUGUUACAGUUUGGAUCAUGAUACCGGAAAGUUUUCCCACGAACAUCCGGUCAACAGCGACUGGGUUUAUCAACGGUUGGGGAAAGGCAGGCGGUGUUUUAGGCACUGCGCUUGUGUACCUGUUGUUUUAUGUUAGUCCUUAUUCUGUUUUGGGGUUUUUCCUAUUCUUUUCUUUGGUGGGAUUCGUAGCAAUACUGAUUUAUGACAGAGAGACUAAAUAUGAGGUUCUCAGAGAGAUUUAAACUGAAGCUUUGGUCUUGGAAGACUUGUUUUAAAAUCUGAAGAUGUGACAUCUCUA